AUGUCGCCUCUGCCUGACCUCGAGAAGCCGGUCACGUCACACAUUGAGGACAAGAACGACAUUGGCAUCCGCCUCGCCAAGCUCGAUGAUGCCGAGCUCGACACUGCAGAGCGCCACAUCCGCGACGCUGACACGUACACGGAUGAACAGUACGCCCGCGUGCGUCGUAAGAUGGACUUUAUUCAGCUGUUUGCGGACAAACAGAGUCUUGCCAACGGCGUCCUAUUUGGUCUCCGCGAGGACACCAAGCUAGUAGGCAACGAGUAUGCCAACCUUACAACUUUCUUCUUCAUGGCGUACGCUAUUGGCCAGCUGCCGAUGGGUUGGCUCUGCCAGCGUUUUCCUAUCGCCAAGGUUAUCGCAACUUGCGUGAUUCUUUGGGGAAUUACCGUGAUGUGCAUGGGUGCGGCCCACAACUAUGCUCAGCUUGCCGCGCUUCGCGUCCUUCUUGGACUGUUUGAAAGCGUGUUGACGCCUGGUUUUGCCCUCCUCACUGCCUCUUGGUACUUGCGGUCCGAACAGACCAUUCGCCAGGUAUGCUAUUACACAAUGUCGACAUUUAUCACCGUCAUUUCCAACGUGAUCAUUUACUACCUCGCCCUCCAUGUUCAAACCCACGGCGGUAUCGCUGCGUGGCGUGUCAUCAAUCUCUUCCUGGGUGGCCUUACCGUGUUUAUCGGAAUUCUCAACCUCCUCGUCUGGGGGACCCCGGAGAACGCGUGGUGGCUUACCAAAGAAGAGAAGAACAUUGCACGCUCGCGAAUUGUGUCCAACGCUACCGGUGGUGGUGAGAGUCACCCUUGGAAGUGGGACCAGAUCCGUGAAUGCUUCAAGGACCCCCAGUACUACUUUUUCAUGCUCUUCAACAUCCUCAUUACUAUCCCCAACGGCGGUGUCACCACUUUUGCGCCACUGGUCUUCGUGUCGUUUGGGUUUUCGCCUUUAAACACGGUCCUUUAUGCCCUUCCCCAACAGGCUAUCGGCUUUUUCUUCCUCCUGGUCCCCGGAAACAUUGUCAACAUCUUCCCUCGUGCCAGGUUCCCGUUCGUCAUAUUGAUCACGGCCUUCUGCUGCGCCUGCCUCCUUUCGGUGGGCCUCAUGAAGGGCACGGCCGACAACAAGUGGACGCGGUGGGCCCUCUUCUCUUUCUGCAGCACCUACAGCUGCGCCAUGUACCUCACCUGGCCGCUCAUGUCCAUCAACGUCGCGGGACGUACCAAGAAGACCUGGAUCAGCGGCACUGCGCUCAUGACGUUUUGCAUUGGCAACAUUAUCGGUUCACAAAUCUUCCGCCCGUCCGACGCCCCUCGCUACCUUAAGGGCCUCACCGGAUGUGCUAUCGCCAUGGCCGUCUGCAUGGUCGUUGUCGGCGCCUGGUGGUCUUACUAUGAGUACACCAACCGAAAGCGGGACCGUGACUUUGUCACUUCGGGUUUGACCAAGGAGGAGCAGGACUACCAACGCAAACUUGCUGGCGAGACCGACCUCACGGAUAUCCAGAACGUCCACUUCCGCUACACCAAUUGA